CAUGGGCCAUUGAUGGUUUUGCUCAACUAAAGAAAGAAUACAACUUGAGAUACGUUUGAGGAUCCCAGCCUGCAAGAAGACCAAAUUUGUGGCCAUCUAGGAGACACCUGAGGAAACACACUAGUCUAGUUGGUGAAGAUCACUCCAUACCUGGGGAAGAGAGUGGGCAUUUCUUCUGACAGCUGAAGAUGGCCUCUGUACGAGAGGUCUCCAGUUUCACAGAGGACCUGCUCUGUCCCAUCUGCCUCUCCAUCUUUCGGGACCCUCACAUGCUGGAGUGUGGUCACAGUUUCUGUGCCCCGUGCUUGGAGCCCUGCAUUCCCAAAGGCCAGAGACGUGGGCUUUGCCCCGAAUGCCGGCGCCCAUUCGCCUUGCGCCACAUGGCCAUCAACCGAGCCCUGUGCAGCCUGGCGGAGAAGGCACGGCUUCUCAAACUGGAUGAAGGGCCCCAACUGGGUGCCACUGGAGGCUGGUAUUUCUGUGAGGAACAUGAAGAGCCCCUCAAACUCUUCUGCAGUCAAGAUGAGGGACCUGUUUGUGUCAUCUGUCGGGACUUGCCUCAACAUCGUGGACAUGACUUCCUGCCCAUCAAAAAUGCAGUUCAGGCUUAUCAGGACCAACUAAAGGCAUCUCUAGAGCCCUUGGAGGAUGGUCUCAGGCGUCUGAAAAUGAGUCAGUGUCGCCAGCAAGAGAACAUUAUAGAAUUAAAGACCUGCUCUGAAUCCUUGUCUGACCACGUGUCUGGGGAAUUUGUGAAGAUGCACCAGCUGCUAAAUGACAGAGAGUUGGGUUUAAAGGAAGCCCUGGAGAACCAGCGAGAGAAGAACCUGGCCCAAAUGGAAACCAAAUUGAAGGAACUGAAUGAGAAAGUGGCUUCUUGGUCGGAAACCCUCUGUCAAGUGCGGGCAGGACUUGAAUGCAAGGAUCACAUCAGUUUCCUCAAGGAAGCAAAGGACUUGCUGGAGAGGGUCCGUAAGGAACAACGAUCCCAAGGUGAAGAGGAAGAGGAAUUAGAGGCAGAGAUGAUGGAAGAAGGUUUGGGGGCCAGCAGUGAAGACACAGAUGAGUGUGAGAAUGAGGCAGAGGAAGGUGGGGAGAGUGAAGAGGAGGAAGAAGAGGAGGAGGAAGAAGAAGAGGAGGAGGAGGAGGAAGAUGAGGAAGAAGAGGUGGAGGAGCAAGAGAGAACAGCAGAGGAAGAGGAAGAGGAAGAUGGAGUCGUGCCUGUAGAUUUGAACCUGGGCGAGUUCAAAGGUCCUCUGCAGUUCUAUGCCUGGAAAGAACUCUUGGGUGCAGUGCAUCCAGUCCCAGCCUGCAUCACCUUGGACUGCAACUCUGCUCAUCCCAGCCUGGUCCUUGUGGAGGAAGCAACUGGGGUCAAGUUCAGUCCAGGCAGACGUUUUUGGCGACGAAAACCAGAACGCUUCACUGCCAGCCCUUGUGUGGUGGGUCGGAAGGGCUUCACUUCGGGGCGCUUCUAUUGGGAAAUACGGGUUGGGGAUAGCAUGGGGUGGGUGGUGGGGGCAGCUAAGAAGUCUGUGAAACGUAAGAAGCGCCUGAAUUUCCAGCCCAAGGAAGGUGUGUGGGCUAUUGAGCUGAGGGCAGGACAGUACCAAGCCUUGAGUGAGCCCCGCACUCCUCUCUCGGUCUGUGGGAGGAUGGAUAAGGUUGGGAUCUACUUGGAUUGCGAAGGGGGACAACUCUCUUUCUACAACAGCAGCAGCAUGAACCAUCUCUACACCUUCCAAGAAUCAUUCCACGAGGAGCUCCUUCCCUUUCUCAGCACCCAAGGGAACCAUCCCCUCUCAGUUUGGGACCUGGAGCUCUGAGCCCUAGUUUCAGAUGGUAGGGUUUGAAAGAGGAAAUAUUAGUUGAGGACAGGAAACAGUCUCGAUUGUAAGGUAAAGUUA